AUGGGGGAACAAUGCAUCCAGUGCCAGCCCAAACCACAUGGCAGUGCCAGGCCCCGUCCAGCAUCAGCACAGCCAGAGUCUGCCACUUCGCCCCCAUCUAUGCACUGCCUUCCCUCUCACCCCCACUUCACCCUCCUCUCUGCACUGCCCCAACCCCUCUCCCUUCCACUUCGCCCUCUAUGCACCGCCCCCACCACUCUCCCCCCACUUCGCCCUCCUCUCCGCACCGCCCCCACCCCUCUCCCCCCACUUCGCACUGCCCCCACCUCUCUGCACCGCCCCCACCGCCCCACUUCGCCCUCCUCUCUGCACCGCCCCCACCCCUCCUCUCCGCACCACCCCCUACUUCGCCCUCCUCUCCGCACCGCCCCCACCCCUCUCCCCCCCACUUCGCCCCACUUCGCCCUCCUCUCUGCACCGCCCCCACCCCUCCUCUCCGCACCACCCCCUACUUCGCCCUCCUCUCCGCACCGCCCCCACCCCUCUCCCCCCCACUUCGCCCUCAACCCUCUCCCCCCCACUUCGCCCUCCUCUCUGUACCGCCCACAACCCUCUCCCCCCCACUUCGCCCUCCUCUAUGCACCGCCCCCACCCCUCUCCCCCCACUUCGCACUGCCCCCACCUCUGCACCGCCCCCACCGCCCCACUUCGCCCUCCUCUCUGCACCGCCCCCACCCCUCCUCUCCGCACCACCCCCUACUUCGCCCUCGUCUCCGCACCGCCCCCACCCCUCUCCCCCCACUUCGCACUGCCCCCACCUCUCUGCACCGCCCCCACCGCCCCACUUCGCCCUCCUCUCUGCACCGCCCCCACCCCUCCUCUCCGCACCACCCCCUACUUCGCCCUCCUCUCCGCACCGCCCCCACCCCUCUCCCCCCCACUUCGCCCUCCUCUCUGCACCGCCCCCACCCCUCUCCCCCCCACUUCGCCCUCCUCUCUGCACCACCCCCACCCCUCUCCCCCCCUUCGCCCCCCUCUCUGCACCACUCCCACCCCCUUACUUCGCCCUCCGCACCGCACCGCCCCCACACCUCCACUUCGCCCUCCUCUCCGCACCGCCCUCACUUCGCCCUCUGCACCGCCCCCACCCUCUCUGCACCGCCCCCACUUCGUCCUCCUCUCUGCACCGCCCCCACUUCUCUGCACCGCUCCCACUCCACCUCCUCUUCCCUCUCUGCACCGCCCCCACCUCUCUGUACCGCCCCAUCCCGCCAUUUCGCCCUCCUCUCUGCACCGUCCCCACCCCCCCACUUCUCCCUCCUCUCUGCACCGCCCCCACCCCUCUCCCCCCCUUCGCCCUCCUCUCUGCACCACCCCCACCCCCUUACUUCGCCCUCCUCUCUGCACCGCCCGCAGCCCCCCCCCUCUCCGCACCGCCCCCACCCCUUCACUUCGCAAUCCUCUGUGCACCACCCCCCUUACUUCGCCCUCCGCACCGCCCCCACACCACCACUUCGCCCUCCUCUCCACACCGACCCACCAAUCCACUUCGCCCUCUGCACCGCCCCCACCCUCUCUGCACCGCCCCCACUUCUCUGCACCGCUCCCACUCCCCCUCCUCUUCCUCUCUGCACCGCCCCCACCUCUUUCCUCACCGGGAAAUUCAUGGGCUGUCGUCUGAAGCUGUUCUAUGGAAAGGAGUAA